AUGUCUGACGUCGACGAUGAGCUUCUCGCCCUUGCGGGCGGAGAUUCUGAGGAUGAGGGAUCUGGCAACGAGGGCAGGGAGCUGUCGGCGUCGCCACCCCCUAAGAAGAAGGCGACAAAGAAGGCGAAGCGGAGAGGAGGUCGAGACGACGAUUCCGAGGAGGAAGGCGAGGCAUCCUCUACCCCUGGCACGCCAAACUCCCUAGAAUCAGCGCCAAUGGACGAAUCCGACUCUGAUGCAGAGCCCUCGCGAGGUCGCCCUGCUGCUGCCGCCGAAGAUGACAAGUACCCGGUCGAUGGCAUGUACGUGAGCCAGGCGGAGAAGACAGAAAUCAUGGCCAUGCGAGAAGUCGAACGAGAACAGAUUAUCGCCGACCGAAUCUCUGAGAUUGAGCGUCAGCGUCAGAACCGCCUGCUUCGCCAAAUGGUCAGCAAUGUGGAGAAUGAGGAGCGCAAGCAGGUUAAGAAGAAGCGCAGUGCCGACACAGCUGAACUGGAAGAUGGUGAGCGUAAGGCGUCGCGACAGCGAACUAGUGGCAAGGGCGAGUCUGCGAUGGACUCCUUGCGACGUGCUAGGGCCGAGAAAGCCCGGCGGCGGGAGGACCACGAGAGGCGAAAGGAUGGCUAUUCCCCUCGAGGACGAGACUCUCGGGAGCCCGAGAGCGACGAUGAGUUUGGCCGUGGGCGCUCUCGCACGCCUGAAGCUGAGGCACCUCGAGAUCUGCCACCACCCGAGCUUCGCGAUUACGAGCGUGUUCGCCUUGGCCGAAACGAGUUCGCCCAGGUUUGCUUUACUCCUGGGUUUGAGCAAUCCAUCCUCGGCUGCUACAUACGCAUUGCUUUGGGCCCACACCCUGAGACAGGAGUGGAACAAUAUCGCAUGGCUGUCAUUAAAGGCUUUACUACCAGCCGACCUUACGCGCUUAGCGGCCCUAACGGCUCGUUUGUUACCGACCAGUACGUCAAGGCAGCGCAUGGCAAGGCGGUCAAAGAGUUCCCCUUCAUUGCUGCCUCAAGCGGAAAGUUUGUCGAUAGCGAACUGAACCGAUACAAGGUUACCUGUCACAAUGAAGGCGUUACUCUCCCUACCAAGAACUUCCUCUCUGACAAAAUUGAUGACAUCAACUCGUUGAUCACCCAUAAGUGGACGAACGAGGAGAUCAAGGCCCGACUCAAGCGAAAGAACGACCUGCGCCGCCGAUUCGAUCCCGCAGAGCGAGAGCGAGUGGCUCGUCUGCAGGAGGAGGCCAGAGAGCGUGGCGAUGACCACAAGGUCGAGGAGCUGCAAGAGGAGCUUGACAAGCUCGGCACCCAGCGUCUAGCCUUCAAGACCAGCCUCGGGGCGUCCAAAAACCCGGAUGCUCCCAAGGGCAAGAGUGAGCAAGACCGACUGGCUGAGCGCAACCGAGAGAACCGACGCCUCAACGGUGAGGCGGUGCGAAAGGCACAGCUGAAGGAGAAGGCAAAGUCCCGCGAGAUUGAGAUGGCCCUUAAGCGGGGUGAAGCAUACGAGGGGGACAUGUCCCGACGACUGAGGACAAAGGCCAAGUUUGUGUACGAUGUGAACGACAAGGUGAAGGAUAAGGCGGCCGACGGAACUGGCACCAGCACGCCGGCGAACGGCACGCCUAAGGCCACUCCGUCCAAGUCCCAGUUGCUGCCACAUCUGGCGAAGCUCCAGGAGGAGAAGUACCUGGAGAAGAAGGGUAUUCCGACCAUUCAUAAGCCCCUGAUGGAUGACGACGUCAUUGGGUCGUUGGAUCUGGACAUUGACAUUGAGAUUUGA